GAACAGCCGCACAUGAACCAGCCACUUACCCCCCCACACACGCGCGCGCACACAUUAACAGAGUUCAAGAGCGGAAGUUUCCGUUUAGGAAACAUUAGGGAGAGUGGAAUUGUCUGUGGAAAGUUUGUCCGUAACGUGUCUGGCUGUUUGUCGGCGCACUGGGGGAAACUUCUGAGUCCACAGCAUGUGGUGCACGUGAGAGCGGACGGAGCUGAGCGCGCUGUGCAGCAGUUUUCUACAAAGUACUUGGGAUUCACUGUGCAGUCACAACAAAAAGCAGGGCUGCAGGGAAGUGAAAACAGAAGAACAGUUACUCCACACACCAUGAAGAAACCGGACUCUACUAAUCAGAGCCUGAAAAAGGUUAAGGCUCUGCUCUGCCUGUCUGGCAGUAAUUAUGGCCGCAGAGAGAAGAGGAUUACUCCACUGUCCCAUCCAGGGGUCCCAUUAGUGGGGCUGCUUUUGUUGGCCGUCUUCCCUUUUGGAGCAAGCAUCAAACAAAGUGUCCCCAGGGUCAAACUCAGCCACAGAGAACUCCUGCAGGCUGGCAGUGUGUCUCUUUUUUUGGGCCCCUCAGAUGGCCUCCACUCCCACUCGCUGCUGCUGGAUGAGGAAAGGGGUCGUCUUCUGCUCGGAGCCCGGGACCAUAUCUACCUGCUUGACCCUGACAAUCUGUCAAAAGCUCCUAAAAAGAUUCACUGGCCUGCUCCAAGGGACAGAGUUGAAAUGUGUGAACUGGCUGGCAAAAAUGCAAAUUUGGAAUGUGCUAAUUUUAUUAGGGUCCUCCACAAUUUCAACCGAACGCAUGUCUACGCCUGUGGGACGGGAGCCUUCAGCCCCACCUGUGCUUUCAUUGAGAUCUCUGGACACAGAGAGGUAAAGGAGAGCGGUGUGUUUCAGCUGCGGUCUAAUACUGAGGAGUCUGGCAGGUUGAAAUGUCCCUUUGACCCCAUGCAGCCUUUCACCUCAGUCCUCGCAGAUCAAUUCCUGUACGUGGGCACGUCGUCAGACUUCCUGGGCAAAGACACGGCGUUCACUCGCUCCCUCGGCCCUCCACCUGACCAGCACUACAUCCGUACAGACAUCUCCGAAGACUACUGGAUCAAUGAGGCCAGGUUUAUAUCCGCUCAUCCCAUUGCAGACACCUACAAUCCAGAUGAUGAUAAGAUAUAUUUUUUCUUCCGCGAGGUGUCGUGGGAGGGCAACGACAAGAGCAUCCUCUCCCGAGUGGCUCGUGUGUGCAAGAAUGAUGUGGGUGGGCUGAGAAGUCUGACUAAUAAAUGGACAACCUUCCUGAAAGCCAGGCUGGUGUGCUCCAUCCCCGGACCCGACGGUGUCGACACUCACUUCGAUGAGCUCCAGGACGUCUUUCUGCUUCCAACCAGAGAUGAGAAAAACCCCAUAGUGUACGCCAUCUUCACAACUUCCAGCUCUAUUUUCCGUGGCUCUGCAGUAUGUGUGUACAGCAUGGCGGACAUCAGGGCCGUGUUUAAUGGACCUUAUGCCCACAAGGAGGGUCCAGACCACCGGUGGGUGGAAUACGAAGGGAGGAUCCCGUAUCCUCGUCCGGGAACGUGCCCCAGCAAAACCUAUGACCCGAGGAUCAAGACCACCAAAGACUUCCCAGAUGAAGUUGUGGGCUUCAUUCGAGUCCACCCUCUGAUGCAUCGCUCCGUCUACCCCCUGACCGGCCGGCCGGUGUUCACUCGGGUCCGAGUGGACUACACCCUCACACACAUCGUGGUGGACAGAGUCAUGGCAGACGACGGACAGUAUGAGGUUAUGUUCCUGGGGACAGACGUCGGCUCGGUUUUAAAGGUGGUGAGCAUCACGCAGGAGAACUGGUCGACUGAGGAAGUGGUGCUUGAAGAGCUUCAAGUGUUUCAGAGUCAAACUCCCAUCCUCAGUAUGAAGAUGUCUUCCAAACAGCAACAGCUCUACGUGGGUUCAAGCGACGGGCUCGCCCAGGUCUCCCUCAGCAGAUGUCAUCUGUACGGUCAGGCCUGCGCCGAAUGCUGCCUGGCACGAGAUCCCUACUGCGCCUGGGACGGGCUCACGUGCUCUCGAUACAUCCCUGCAUCGAAGCGACGAGCCAGAAGACAAGAUAUCAAGAAUGGAGAUCCUGCCAACCAGUGCUGGGACACAGAGGACAGUUUCGGUGUGGGACGUGUGGAAGAAAAAGUUCUGUUCGGGGUGCAGAGCAACUCCACAUUCCUUGAGUGUAUCCCCAAAUCUCAGCAGGCUCAGAUCCGUUGGUACUUGCAGAGACCUGGAUCUGAACGGCGGGAGGAGGUUCAGCCGGACGACCGAGUCGUUCCCACCGAGCGCGGCCUGCUGAUUCGCUCCCUCCAGCCCUCUGAUGUCGGGGUGUACGUCUGCGUCGCUCAAGAGCACACGCACUUCACGCACACCCUCCUGCGUCUCACCCUGCAGCUCGUCACACACGGGCAGCUGGACAGGAAGCCGAAGCCCAGCGAAAGCCCGGCGGCGGAAACGCACCACGCCGCCGAGGCACGGCAGCGCUACAAGGACUACCUGAGAGUGAUGAGCUCCCCGUUCAGGUCUCUGGAAGAGUACUGCGAUUCUCUGUGGCUGGAUAGAAAGCAUUCGAGGGUCCGGGGGCGGGGCUUAGGAGCCGGCAAAUGGAAGCACAUCCAGGAAAUGAAGAAAAACAGGAACAGGAGACACCAUAGAGAGAAGGAGGAAAAGAGGGGGAGAGAGGAGCGAGGGAGGGUGGUGAGGACCGCACAGCAGUGAGGAGAUGCAGAGAAAACAUCAGAUAUUAGCUGUAUAUGUUCACUGGUUCUAAAAUUAAGCUGAAAUGACGCAGAACUGUAAAAUGGAAGUGUCAGAAGUGAAGUUUUGCUCGGAGUUGAUGUAGCAUGAACAACCUGGACCGUUGAAGAAUUCAAAAGUCAUUGCGAGCCUUUGUUGGUGUUGCAAUACACGAGUGCAGGUCAGAAAACAGAAAAUUUAAUUGACAUGCUGAAACCUAAACAUAUCUUAGAUUCAGUUAACUUCACAGGAAAUUUGAAGUAUUUUAAAUAUUUUAUUCUCUGCCAUAACUAUACAAAAUACAUCCUCUCAAAACAUUGUAGUAUUUCAUCACAUCAGAUGAUUUUUUUUUCCCAGUUUCCCUUAAUGAAAACCACAAAUAUUGCUACUUAAAUAUAAAGAAAUGCUGGAAAAAAAUUGAGUUUUGUGUAUUAAUGACAGACAAAUCGAUGAUAUUCAUAUUCUUUAAGAUACAGCUGACUCCACAACUCUGAAAAUAUUUUUGAAUUUCCCACAUUUUUCUUAACAAAUGGGAAAUGUCAAAUGUUUGAAGUACUUAAUGAACUGAAGUAACAAUUUAAGUUGAAAACUGAGAAAUACGCAUGGGAAUAACUUCUUGGUGUGCAUCAUGUAAUUUUUAGUAAAGCUUUUGUCAGAGGAUGACGACGUGGUGAGAAACUCAGAUUGAACUUUUAUUGCUUUGCUGAAAGUACCUUCACAGCUAGAAGUAAUAAAUUGGUUGAAGUAAAGGUAAUGGCUCAAAGACAGAACGGUUUGCUCCUGAUAACGACACUGUAUUCAUGUUGAAUGACUGUAAAUAUUUAUAUGAACAUGUACAGGAGACACGGCAUGCUCAAGUUAGUCCUAUUAUUGAUAAUGCGUAUAUCUAAUGAUAAUCACGGUAUGUUUGGUUGACAAAGUUACAUAUUUUUGUACAAUUCUUUCACUUGUAUGAACUGUGGGUUUGAUCGAUGUUUUCAUUAUUACUGUUUCUUUUUCUUCUUUUUGUUCUUUGCAGAUAUUUAAAUAAAUGUGUUUUUGUGUUCUCCGAA